CUUCUCUCUAUGCGUUUCGGCAUUCCUUUCCUCACCACCAUCUCCAUAUCCCCUACCCCAUCCAAAACCCUUUCCCCUUUCCUCCGCUGCCGCCUCCUCUCCGCCCUCUCUGCUGCCGCGAGCCCCUCGCUCAUGGCCGCAUCCGAGGACUCCCUCCGGCAGGCCCUCGCCGAGAAGCAGACCGCCGUCGACGCCCAGGCUGAGGCAGUCCGGGCCAUCAAGGCCCGCCCUGGCGCCUCCAAGGAGGAGAUCGACGCUGCCGUCGAGGCCCUCAAGGCCCUCAAGGUCGAGCAUGGUGCCGCCGCGAGGCGCCUUCAGGCCGCCGUCAGCAGCAACGGCGACGGCAGCAGCAAGGAGGCCUUCCGGCAGGCCGUCGUCAACACGCUCGAGAGGAGGCUCUUCUACAUCCCUUCUUUCAAGAUCUACCGUGGCGUUGCCGGCCUUUACGACUACGGCCCCCCUGGCUGCGCCGUCAAGUCCAACGUCCUUGCCUUUUGGCGCCACCAUUUUGUUUUGGAGGAGAAUAUGUUGGAGGUAGAUUGCCCCUGUGUCACGCCUGAGAUAGUCCUGAAGGCAUCUGGUCAUGUGGAUAAGUUCACUGACCUGAUGGUGAAGGAUGAGAAGACUGGGACAUGUUACCGCGCUGAUCACUUACUAAAGGACUAUUGCAAAGGGAAGCUCGAGAAGGACCUCACGUUAUCGUCUGAGAAGGCUGCAGAGUUCAAGCAUGUCAUUGCGGUGUUGGAUGAUCUUUCUGCUGAAGAGUUAGGGGCAAAGCUGAAGGAGUAUGAUAUCAGAGCACCUGAUACAGGGAACCCCCUCUCUGAUCCAUACCCUUUCAAUCUCAUGUUUCAGACUUCCAUUGGGCCAUCUGGCCUGCUCCCUGGGUAUAUGAGGCCAGAAACAGCACAGGGUAUCUUUGUGAAUUUUAAGGACUUGUACUAUUACAAUGGCAACAAGCUUCCAUUUGCAGCGGCUCAGAUUGGACAGGCAUUUAGAAAUGAGAUUUCACCUCGUCAAGGUCUUUUAAGAGUUCGUGAGUUCACACUAGCUGAGAUUGAGCACUUUGUAGAUCCUGAGGACAAAUCCCACCCAAAAUUUGUUGAUGUUGCCAACCUGGAGUUUUUGAUGUUCCCUAGGGAGGAUCAACUAUCAGGGCAACCGGCCAAGACAAUGAUCCUUGGCGAAGCAGUUUCAAAGGGAACAAUCAACAAUGAGACACUUGGUUACUUCAUGGGGCGGGUGUACCUUUUCUUGACACAUCUAGGAAUUGACAAAGAUAGAUUGCGCUUCAGGCAGCAUCUGCCAAAUGAGAUGGCUCACUAUGCUGCAGACUGUUGGGAUGCAGAGAUAGAAUGCUCCUAUGGGUGGAUUGAAUGUGUUGGGAUUGCUGAUAGAUCUGCUUAUGAUUUACGUGCUCAUUCGGAGAAAAGCGGGGUCCUGCUGGUUGCUCACGAGAAGUUCACAGAACCUAGAGAGGUGGAGAAACUGGUUAUAACUCCAUCAAAGAAAGAACUUGGUCUUGCGUUCAAGGGUAGCCAAAAGAUGGUGGUUGAAGCAUUGGAGGCCAUGGGUGAAAAAGAAGCAUUGGAAAUGAAAAAGGCAUUGGAAGACAAAGGGGAGGUGGAGUUCCAAGUCUGUCCACUAGGAAAAUUGGUGGUCUUAAAGAAAAACAUGGUAUCUAUCAGUGUGGAAAAAAAGAAGGAACAUCAAAGGGUUUUUACUCCUUCUGUCAUUGAGCCAUCUUUUGGUAUUGGACGAAUCAUCUACUGUCUUUUUGAGCAUUCUUUCUACACAAGACCAAGCAAAUCAGAGGAAGAACAGCUAAAUGUGUUCCGCUUCCCUCCUCUUGUGGCUCCUAUUAAGUGCACUGUUUUCCCGUUGAUCAAGACUCAGCUGUUUGAUGAAGUGUCCAAACUCAUAGCGAAAUCGCUAACGGCAGCUGGAAUCUCGCAUAUUAUAGAUAUUACAGGCACGUCGAUAGGGAAACGUUAUGCAAGGACAGAUGAGAUUGGUGUCCCUUUUGCCAUAACUGUUGAUUCCACUACUAGUGUGACGAUACGUGAGAGGGACAGCAAGGAGCAGAUCCGUGUGAGCAUAGAUGAGGUGGCUUCAGUUGUGAAAGAAGUCACAGACGGACAAAGCACAUGGGCUGAUGUGCUGUGGAGAUACCCAACCCACGCUGCUCCACAUGCUGAUGAGUGAAGAGGCUGGUUGAAUAUAUAUAGUGAUGGGUGAGCAAUCCCAUGUCGCUGAAUUUUCAAAUUAACGGAAGUUAUUAUGCUAGUGAUGUCAAGUUAACCAGGAAAAAGAAGAUUUAUCUUGCUUGCUUGAUUAUUUAUAUUCUGUAAUGGUGGGGUCAGCUUGAUUUGAUAAAUUGAUGGGUAUAUAGUGUAUAUGAUAAAGUACGUACCUUUAAGAUAAAAUUUUUGAUCUUUUAAGUGGAAUCAUGUGCAUCGAAGUAAUUGUUUCUGGUGAUAAUGAUUCAACAUGUGUGAAAUAUUGCUGUACAUGUUUUAAACAAACGUUGAAAGAAAUUCCAAA